GCGGCGGCAUCUAGAAAUAGGGAGCGAGAAAGAUAACAUUUCCCUGCACCAUGGUUUUGCGAAGUCGGCUUCUUCCUUGGAUUAUGUUGUGCUCCGUCUGGCUGCUCCGCUUUGCACACACGGGGGAGGCACAGGCUGCGAAAGAAGUUAUAUUACUGGACUCUAAAGCACAACAGACAGAGUUGGAAUGGAUUUCCUCUCCUCCCAAUGGGUGGGAAGAAAUUAGUGGACUGGAUGAAAACUACACUCCUAUACGAACAUACCAGGUAUGCCAGGUCAUGGAAUCGAACCAAAACAACUGGCUUCGGACUAACUGGAUUGCAAAAAGCAAUGCACAAAGGAUUUUUGUAGAACUGAAAUUCACUCUGAGGGAUUGUAACAGUCUUCCUGGAGUUCUGGGGACUUGUAAAGAAACUUUUAACUUGUAUUAUUAUGAAACAGACUACGAUACUGGCAGGAAUAUCAGAGAAAAUCAAUAUGUAAAAAUAGACACUAUUGCAGCAGAUGAAAGUUUUACCCAGGGUGAUCUGGGGGAGAGAAAAAUGAAACUUAACACAGAGGUGAGAGAAAUUGGACCUUUGUCCAAAAAAGGAUUCUAUCUUGCAUUUCAGGAUGUAGGGGCCUGCAUUGCUUUGGUCUCUGUGAAAGUCUACUACAAGAAGUGCUGGUCCAUCAUUGAGAACUUAGCUAUUUUUCCUGACACAGUGACUGGCUCAGAGUUUUCCUCUUUAGUUGAAGUACGAGGAACUUGUGUCAGCAGUGCAGAGGAGGAAGCUGAGAACUCUCCGAAGAUGCACUGUAGCGCGGAGGGAGAAUGGCUAGUGCCUAUUGGAAAGUGUAUCUGCAAAGCAGGAUAUCAGCAGAAAGGAGACACCUGUGAACCUUGCGGACGUGGGUUCUACAAAUCAUCUUCACAAGAUCUGCAGUGCUCCCGCUGCCCUACUCACAGCUUUUCUGACAAGGAAGGAUCCUCAAGAUGCGACUGUGAAGAUAGCUAUUACAGAGCGCCUUCUGAUCCACCAUAUGUUGCAUGCACAAGACCUCCAUCUGCACCACAGAACCUCAUUUUCAACAUCAACCAGACUACCGUGAGUUUAGAGUGGAGUCCUCCUGCUGACAAUGGGGGAAGAAAUGAUGUCACCUACCGCAUUUUGUGCAAGAGGUGCAGCUGGGAGCAGGGUGAAUGUGUUCCUUGUGGGAGUAACAUCGGAUACAUGCCCCAGCAAUCUGGAUUAGUAGAUAACUAUGUCACUGUCAUGGACCUGCUAGCUCAUGCUAACUACACAUUUGAAGUUGAAGCUGUGAAUGGGGUGUCUGACUUGAGUCGUUCCCAGAGGCUUUUUGCAGCUGUCAGUAUUACCACUGGUCAAGCAGGUAAGAUUUUAUCAUUUGUAUGAAUCUCAACAGUGUGAGACUA